UAUUGUUUACUUCCGGCUGGUUAGCCCGGUCAGCAUAGAGCCGAAAGGUGAAGCCUCCUGAAACCACGAAACGCUGCUGAAUUAUUACCAGGACGACAUGAAACCUGCCGUGGACGAGAUGUUCCCGGAGGGAGCGGGACCGUACGUGGACCUGGACGAGGCAGGGGGCAGCAGCGGCCUGCUGAUGGACUUGGCAGCCAAUGAAAAGGCAGUUCACUCAGACUUUUUUAAUGACUUCGAGGAUCUGUUCGACGAUGACGACCUGCAGUGACGACGGCGCUCCGGAUACCUGCGGAAACCUGUGAACGUGUCUAUAAAGAGAAGAUGGGCUGAUUCCCCUGGUUUUGUACUGCCUCUCCUGUAGAAGCCCCUCAGCACCGUACUGAAAUAAAGUCUUUUUGUUUUUUUGUUUUUUUUUUUUUUGUGGAAACCACAAACGAACCAGGUGUCUGUGAAUUCUGUGGAUCCCUCACAUUCCAGCUUUGGAGAAAAUUAUGAGUAUGGUUUUGGUGGCGUCGUGUUUGAAUCUGCUCGCCGCCGGAUUGCAGGUUUGCGGGCUCCGAGAAACACCUGUUUUAGCAUACGUAAUUAUAUACGGCAUACAGUGUUAACAUGACCGCUGAAUGUUCAGCUGGGGCAUGAUGGGACAGGCAGGAGGCUGGAAAACACGUGGAAAUCCUCAAUAAACUGGACAAGCGAAGCGUUUGGGCCCAGGUACGAGCGUUGGAACUUGACAAAGCUUCAGCGUUCGGCUCCUGUUGUUACCGUCGGUCACUGCAAACUGUCUUUAUGGGCCUCACGUCAAAAAGACAAACUCAUCUCGCUGCCACAGAGCAUU